CUGUUAUGUACGUUGUGGUAUUUUGUCUGGCGUCGAACGUGCCAAAUACCCACGCACGCACCGAAUGACAUUUCGUCAUCUCUGGAGCUGUUUUAGUGAGUUGGUGAAAUUCAUCGAGAUCACUUAUCUGAUGUGUAAGCUGAAAAGUAUCAAGUGAAGUUCGUAGGACUUCCAUCACCCACCAUGGAUUUCGCAGACUGCCUGUCAGCCUUUGAAGAUUUCCUACGCACCAAGGAGACAUUCAGGUGUUCCAGUGAAGAAAUGGAUUCCUUCUUGCAAACUUUAUCCAUUACUGAGGAGACCAGGGAUCUUGUAAAGAAGGCCAUAAUGGAAAAUCCUCCUCCAACUCUCAAGGUGCACAAGCAGACAGUAUCUCUUUCCAAUUGUUACAUUGACAGUAUCAAACAAAUGCAGGAUGUUCUGCAGAAAGACAGGACUGGAAAGUUGGGCCAUAUCAUGCAAGAAAUUCAAAAAUCACUGGGCCUUCCUCAGAGGAACAUGUUCUGGGAGAUCACAACGAUUCUUGAAUUUUCAGGCGAGGAUAGGGUUUCUGUUAGGAUUUGUGAGCAGAAGCAACGAGUCUGUGAAGCGAAAGUGAAGAUGCAUCAGUAUUUCUUGCUGGAAGGUUUGCAAGACGUCGUUGCCUGUCUUUCAGAAAUUGGAAAUAGUUCUUUAGAGGAUGUGUGGAAAUCAUGUAAAUCGUCAUCUGCUCCACUUGCCAUGCAGAAAGUGGGCAUGAAUCAGAGUAAAUUUGAGAAAACGCUGGAGAGUUUCCCCGAAGCUUUCCAAGUUGAAGAUGGUAAAGUGUUCUUGAAAGACAACCCCCAAAUCACAUACUCAUUGAUUCUUUGCCAUAUGCAGUCAGCUCAACAUAAACUCAAAGAUCACCUGUACAAUAAAGGUGCUCUUCUCAAGAAUGAACUGUUCCAUUUGACCCCACAGCUGCUAAGUAGAGCAGAGAUACUCGCAAUGGGAGAAGGCAUGGAAACAUUCUCUUUUGCUCUGCAGUCACUACGUGAUGAUUUCCUUCUAAUACCACCUCACAUGCUAGUCGUUGCCCAAGGAACAUCUCAAGUACAGGACAAUCCUUUUGUAAGUGCUGUCUCCAAGAUCAAAGACUUCAUCAGAGGCGAAAAUGCUGGGAAUGGCACUUUAAUGAGCCAACUUUUAAGAGUUGUUAAUAAGACGCUGGGUCCUUGUGAGCAAGCAGCAGUAGGAAACACUAGCCAGAAGCUCAGAGAAACCAUUGCUGCCUAUCCAGGCCACUUUAUCAUCGGACAUGGCACAGUUUUUGUCGUGUCAGAUGAUGCCGUCCUUCUGGAUGUUAUGAACAUAAAAAUGCAGAAUCUUCCAAUUACCAAGAUCGAUCAGGAGAUAAGUAGUAGUGAGUGUUCAUCAGAUCAGUACACAGAAUCCUUUGAGGACUCUGCAAACUCCUACCCUCUUGAUCAAGAAACGGGUUCAUCGCAAACCGAUAAUGAUGUCUGUAGCUCUGUUCAGUAUACUGAACAAUCUGAAUGCUCAGCAAACUCUGACCCUCCCAAUCGUGACGAAGGUUCACACUGUACAGAUAAUGAUGUAUGUAGCUCCAUUCAGAACACUGAACAUCCUGAAGGCUCGACAAACUCUGGCUAUCUUGAUCAUGACACAGGUUCACUCCAUACAGAAAAUGAGGCACAAAGCUCCAUUCAGAACACUGAACUCCCUGAAGAAUUGGCUAACUCUGACACUCCUUACCGGGACACAGGUUCAUCCCAUACAGAUAAUGAUGUAUGUAGCACGGUUCAAAACACUAAAUGUCUUGAAGACUCUGUACAUUCUGACACUUCUGAUCAAGACACACGUUCACUAUGCACUGAUGAUGAUGUAUGUAGCUCCGUUCAGAACACUGAACAUGAUGAAGACUUGUCAAACUCUGUCACUCCUGAUCAAGACACAGGUUCCACAUGCAUUGAUGAUGAUGAUGUAUGUAGCUCCAUUCAGAACACUGGAGAUCCUGAAGACUUGGCAAACUCUGACCCUCUUGAUCAAGGAACAGGUUCAUCGCACACCGAUAAUGAUGUCUGUAGCUCUGUUCAAAAUACUGAACAUUCUGAAGACUUCACAAACUCUGACCCUUCUAUUCAAGGCACAGCUUCACCUGAUGGUGUAUGUAGCUCUGUUCAGAAGACUGAACAUGAUGAAGACUUGUCAAGCUCUGUUACUCCUGAUCAAGACACAGGUUCCACAUGCAAUGAUGAUGAUGGUAGAUGUAGCUCCGUUCAGAACACUGAACAUGGUGAAGACUUCGCUAUCUCUGACCCUUCUCAUCACAACACAGCUUCACCUCAUGCAGAUGAUAAUGCAUCUACCGGUAGCUCCAUUCAGAAAUCUGAACAUGAUGAAGACUUGGCAAACUCUGUCACUCCUGAUCAAGACACAGGUUCACCAAGCACUGAUGAUGGUGUAUGUAGCUCCGUUCAGAACACUGAACAUGAUGAAGACUUGUCAAACUCUGUCACUCCUGAUCAAGACACAGGUUCAACAUGCAUUGAUGAUGAUGAUGUAUGUAGCUCCAUUCAGAUCACUGGAGAUCCUGAAGACUUGGCAAACUCUGACCCUCUUGAUCAAGGAACAGGUUCAUCGCACACCGAUAAUGAUGUCUGUAGCUCUGUUCAAAAUACUGAACAUUCUGAAGACUUCACAAACUCUGACCCUUCUAUUCAAGGCACAGCUUCACCUGAUGGUGUAUGUAGCUCUGUUCAGAAGACUGAACAUGAUGAAGACUUGUCAAGCUCUGACCCUUCUCAUCACAACACAGCUUCACCUCAUGCAGAUGAUAAUGCAUGUACCGGUAGCUCCAUUCAGAACUCUGAACAUGAUGAAGACUUGGCAAACUCUGUCACCCCUGAUCAAGACACACGUUCACCAUGCACUGAUGAUGAUGUAUGUAGCUCCCUUCAGAACAAUGAACACGAUGAAGACUUGUCAAACUAUGACACUGCUGAUCAAGACACAGAUUCACCAAGCACUGAUGAUGAUGUAUGUAGCUCCGUUCAGAACACUGAACAUGAUGAAGACUUCGCUAACUCUGACCCUUCUCGUCAGGACACAGCUUCACCUAAUGCAUUAAGUUCUGUUCAUAACAUAGAACACCCUGAAGUCCUGGCAAACUAUGACACUCCCGGCCAUGACACAGAUUCACUAUGUACUGCUGAUGAUACAUGUACCUCUGUUCAGAAGUCUGAACAUUCUGAAGACUUCCCAAACUCUGACCCUUCUCAUCACGACACAGUUUCUGCAGAUGCUGAUGUAUGUAGCUCCAUUCAGGACACUGAACAUGAUGAAGACUUCCCAAACUCUGAUGCUCCUGCUGACACCACUUCACCCAAUACAGAUAAUGAUGUACAUGCAUGUAGCUCGGAUCAGACUCCAUCACUAGGGCAAGACGAAGUUGAAUCUCUUGGAAGUGAGAUCAUCUCAGACUCAGAGUCUCUUCAUUCUGGAACAAGUAGCGAGGCAGGAAACCUGGACCCAGAUACUGUACUUUCAGAAUCAACAGACCAAGAAAUAGUCACUAUUCUUCAGGACUUGAACUAUUUUGGUAAAUUGAUCAAGGAGUUUCUAAGCAAGGCGACCUAUCCGAUACUAUCUGUAUCAUUAUCUGAUGGUUGGUUGAUUGCCAGUCUCUGGGAUGGACCUACCUUCGCUACCUGCUUGACCCCCUCAUCUUGUGAUCAACAGCAGAUACUUGGACCAUCGGAAAGGAUCGCAUUGGAUUUCUUGACCAGUAAAUCGAUCCUGAAGGUUGUUUUCGAUUGGAAGCAUUGUUUUGAGAUAAGUGAUGCACUUGGAAUUCAGAUGGUCAAAGUGUUUGACUUGAUGGUGGCAGAAAGGCUCAUCAGGCCCGGGUCCAAGUUCUCUCAGGCUCUGCCUGAAUCCCUGAAUUUCUUUGGCAUUGAUCCCUGUCAUACCGUAGAGGUUUGUAUAGGAACUAUCCAGGCUCCUGUCUAUGGUGAGGUGUACAGUAAGGAAGCGAUUCUCAAGCUCAAGGAAACGGCAAGGUGGACCAUGAAGCAGGUCCCAUAUCUCUAUCAAAAGAUGUUAAGACUGAUGAAACCAUACCAGAUCACCAAGGUAAGCAAACUAUAUGAUGAUGAAGUUGAAGACCAGCCUUUCCCAUCCAGCCAAAAUGAAGAACCAUCUUGUAGUGCUAUCACAUCAUCCAUAACCAGUUCUGUCACAUCGUCAGCAUCGCCAAACGCUUCUAAGAAUUCUGCUCCUGUCGUGUCAUCCUCUGAAAUGGGUUCACAGGUGCAUGUUCCUGUUACAUCAUCAACAAAAGUAAAGGCCACUUCUGAGAUGCCUGUCUCUUUCCAAAGAGUGUCCUCAACCUCUGGUGAUUUAGAUGAACCCGACAGCAAGGGUCUAGCCCAAUCCAGCGAUGACCUUUUUUAUACCGAGGAGAACCUUCAGAGUGAUCUGCUUUCAGGACCCGAGGUGGAUUCUAACUUUCUCAUCAGGGACGAUAGAUCCAGGACCACAUCCGGGUCUAGCAGAUCCAGGACCACAUCUCCAUCUAGCAGAUCCAGGACCACAUCCCGUAGAUCCAAGAAGAUGCAGACAACCAAGAAACAAGAGGAAUCCUCUCGACAAGUCACAGAAGGAUCAGGAAGUACUCCCUCUCCAAUGGCUUAUGAAGACGGGACAUCUGAACAAUUGUCUUGCAUGGUCAAUGCCAAAGUACUCCACUAUGAUGAUGCAGGAAAGCCAAUUCUAAUCACUUGUGCUAAUGAGCUUGCCAACGAAGCCAUCAAUCCAUGUCAGAUCAGUCAUGAACUAUCCAAGGAAUUUGGAGAGAUUGUUAUGCAUGACCAGGAGAAGUUCCUUGAGGCCUUUGGUAUCUGCAUCAAGUAUAACCUGAAGAAGCUUUCAGAGACAGAUAAAUCCCUUGCACUGGAUCAACUCACAGAGGUGGUCAUGGAUUUGGGAAGAAAGCCAAGUGCAAGGUAUUACCAACCAGGACACCCUGGUCAGCUAAAAAUCAAGACUAUUGGUGAGAAUAAACUCACGAAGCAAGAUCUCAAAGACAUCUUAGAAGGACAUUGUUCACCGGUAUCAAGUGAUCAUAGGUCUACUAUCAAAGAAACACUUCAUAGAGUGGGGAUUAUGUGCAAUCGUCAAAAUGAACCAAUAGGUCUCACAACUCUCACUAAGCACGCGGUCCUAGGAUGUGCGACCCCUCUCUUUGACCUCAUGAACCAGGGACAGUCCAUUCUCUUUGUAGGGAGUCCUGGUGUUGGAAAGAGUACCAUAUUGAGGGAAGCAGCCAGGGUGAUAAAUGAUGUUGUGAUGAGGCGUGUGGUCAUCGUUGAUACAUGCAAUGAGAUUGCUGGUGAUGGGGAUGUACCACACCCUGCUGUAGGAGGGGCAAGGCGUGUUCAGCUUCCUGACCGUGAUUCACAGCCGAACAUGAUACGAGAAAUAGUGCGCAACCACAGUCCUCACACCCUUGUCAUUGACGAGGUCGUGACUGAAGCGGAUGCUGCGGCAGUCCAUGCGACCAGAGAAAGAGGUAUCCAAGUGAUCUCUGCAGCGCCUGGACAGACUCUCCAGGAUGUCAUCCUCAACCCGAAGCUGAGACACCUCUUUGGUGGAAUCCAGAACAUGGCCAUGAGCCAUCCUGGUCAGGGCAUCACUGGACACACCAUCAUGCAGAGGACACAGCCAGCAGCGUUUGACAUCCUUGUAGAGAUGUAUGAUCGGUACCGCUGGAUUGUGCAUACUGAUUUCACGCGUUCCAUUGACCUUUGUCUUCAGAAGGUACAGGUUGGCGUCCAGGAGAGGAGAGUGUUUUUGAAAGAAGUGUCAAAGGAUUCACAAGGAAUUCCUCAAGUGUUGGUGCGAGAUCUUUUUGUCAUGUAUCCCCUAUAAUAAAAGAUUUGAACAAAGUCCUUUAUGGACUUUUUCGUGCAGUUGAGAAUAAAAUACCAGUCAUUCCUUAAAUCCAUUUAUUAUACUUUGGGAACUUAUCAUGGUUAGUAAGGAUGAAACUGCCAGCACAUUUAUUUGGUCUUGUUCUAGUUCAUCUUUCACUUUAGCUGUAACAGAUCUUUGAUCUAAUGAAUCCUAAGAAGAGUAGAAAGCCUGUGAAGGUCCUGAAGGCAAAAUGUAUUGGUCUUGUGGUUUCAUAAACCUUUUGUCAAUUGGUGCUAAGAGUAUAGCCAAACCAAUACGUCUCAUGCUUAAUACUGCCAAUAUUGAAAUAUUAUAUUUGCAAAAAUUAGUGCUGCUUAUUGGUGAAGACAGUUAUAUUUGUAUCACUUAAAAUUGUGUGAACUUCAGUUCAUUAUGUUUGGAAAUUUAAGAUAUUUAUCUACGUUUGUCAAUGUUGUUCACUUCAAUGUAAUUCAAAGUUUGUAAUUAUCAUGACAUUGUGUGACAUAGUCAUUCCUCAGUGUUAGAUCUCUUUGUUUGUUCUGUAGCUUCAUCAUGCCAUGUUACCAAAUAAUUCUGACCCAGAGUUUGCAAAAAAACAUCAGGUUAUUAAGGUUUACAUCCUUCUAUAUUAAAGAGAACGUGAUAAUUCAUACUGCCUUUGAGAUGGGUGUAAAUCACUGUAUGUAUUAGGUAUGUAUGGUAUACUCUGUUUUGUUAAUAAGUCUUCCUCUUUUUUGUUGUUGUUAUGGAAAUGUAUUGCUAAAUCAGGUAUUAAUAUGUUUGAUCUUUUUUGUAAGCAGUCUAGUAUUUGUAAGAAAUCAGAGUAAUUAUUCUAAUUGGGUCAAUACUCAUAUGUGUGUUAAAAAAUGAAUGAUUAGAUGUAAUUUUCAUAACCAUAAUAUAUAAUAUAAUAACCUUACUGCUUCAUUACCAGUACAAUACAAAGAAUCCUUAAGUAAAGAUUUUCAAGAAAUUUGUCUACAUGUAAUAUUGUUUUGAUUUGCAUACCACAUAAAAUUAGACAAAAUAAUAUUAAAAGGCCAUCCAACCAAUGUUAGAAGAUAAUUUGAAUGAAAGUGGAAAAAUAAAAUAAAAUAAAUAAAUUAGACCAAUAAUAAGAAAUUUAUGAAUGUUUGAUAUAUGAGAUCACUACAGCUAUGCAAAUCUCAAAUUGGCAAAAUGGUGACCUAGUGACGAAUAACAGUUUCGGACAGGUUGACUGUCCGUCUUCAGGAGACGGACAGUCAACCUGUCCGAAACGUCGAGUCUACUCUCCUGCUCCUGCUCUGCAACUCUACUCGCCGACUCAAGCCAGCUUCUCUCAUCUACUCAA